AUGUACAAGAGUCAACCGGAAAAUCAAAAAGAUCAACAAAAAUGCAAUGAAACGAAAAAUAAGGAAUCAGCUGGGAUGUCAAAUGAAAGUGAUUGUGAUGAUGAUGGAGAUGUUCGAAGUAGUGACGACGAUCUUGCAAAUAGUAUUUCUAAUGAAUCGUCAUUGCAUAGGAAAAAAAAGACUCGUACAGUUUUUAGUAGGCAGCAAGUGUCACAAUUAGAAAUGACAUUUGAUAUGAAGCGUUAUUUGUCUAGCCAAGAACGCUCACACCUCGCUGCAACACUUCGUUUAACUGAAACACAGGUAAAAAUUUGGUUUCAAAAUCGAAGAAAUAAAUGGAAACGUCAAGCAUCAAGUGAUAAUGAUAGUCCGAUAAAUAUUCAUAGAAAUAAUAUUUUCUCUGCACAUUUGCAGCAACUGACACAUCCAACAGAUCGAAUGUCUGGCACUCGAUCGUUGUCCUCAGGUCUACCAGUUGCACCACAUCCAAGUCUUCCUGGACCAGUUAUGCAUCCAGCAGUUUUGUUUCACUCAGCGUCGUCUGGAUCAUCAACAUCACCUAGGCCAAUUUUGAACUUCACCAGUACAGAAAACGCUGCAGCAGCCGCUAAAUUUCUUUAUGAUACGUAUGGUGCCAUUGCUGCACAUGUGCAAAUGAUAUAG